UCCAGACUUAUUGAUAUCAAACAAUUUGUUUUAGAAGGUUCUCAAAAACUCUGAUUUCAACAACUUAAAGUUGUAUUUAGCGUAGUGAAGCAAUACGCACGGUUUGUAGUUGAAAUUAGAGCAAUGGGCAUAACUACAGCGAUGCUGCGCACCCAGCUAAUGGGCUUGACCAACUUUAUUGGCACACACAAAGACCAGGCGGACAAGUACCGCCAGCUAUUGAAGAGUGUGCUAUCAAACACCGGUCCGGAACUGAUAGAUACGCUGAAGCUGUUCGUGGAAGCCAUUGUUAAUGAGCAUGUCAGUCUGGUAAUAGCGCGCCAGAUACUUAACGAUGUGGGCGUGGAGCUGAGCAAACUGCCCGAUGAUAUGUCCAAGCAGCUGUCCCACUUCACGCUGGAAAAGGUGCAUCCACGUGUUAUAUCCUUUGAGGAGCAAGUGGCAGGCAUACGUUUCCACUUGGCCAACAUUUAUGAGCGUAAUCAGCAAUGGCGUGAUGCGGCCACUGUGCUUGUUGGUAUACCUCUGGAAACUGGCCAGAAACAGUACUCAGUUGAGUGCAAGCUGGGAACUUAUCUGAAAAUAGCGCGCCUAUACCUGGAGGAUAAUGAUUCUGUGCAGGCUGAGCUGUUUAUCAACCGCGCUUCACUGCUGCAGGCCGAAACAAGCUCCGAAGAGCUGCAGGUGCUAUAUAAAGUCUGCUACGCGCGUGUGCUUGACUAUCGCCGCAAAUUUAUUGAAGCUGCCCAACGCUACAACGAACUGUCCUACCGCAAAAUUGUAGAUCAGGUGGAGCGCAUGACUGCGUUGAAGAAGGCGCUUAUCUGCACAGUUUUGGCCUCAGCCGGACAGCAGCGUUCACGUAUGCUGGCUACGCUUUUCAAAGAUGAGCGCUGUCAGCACCUACCCGCCUAUGGCAUACUGGAGAAAAUGUACUUGGAGCGCAUUAUUCGACGCUCCGAGCUGCAGGAGUUUGAAGCACUGUUGCAGGAUCACCAAAAGGCCGCCACGCCGGACGGUUCCUCCAUACUUGAUCGCGCUGUGUUCGAGCAUAAUUUACUAUCUGCCAGUAAACUGUACAACAAUAUUACCUUUGAGGAGUUGGGCGCUCUGUUGGACAUACCGCCCACCAAAGCGGAAAAGAUUGCCUCACAGAUGAUAACAGAGGGUCGCAUGAAUGGCCACAUUGAUCAGAUCUCUGGUAUAGUGCAUUUUGAAAAUAGAGAACUGUUGCCACAGUGGGAUCGCCAGAUACAAUCGCUUUGCUACCAAGUGAAUUCUAUUAUUGAGAAAAUCAGUGUGGCCGAGCCUGAAUGGAUGGAUAACCAGAACUGAACUCAAAUUCUCAGCAGCAUGUAAAUUUAAAAAAUGAAAAAAGAAAUGAAAAC